AUGGAUGUGUACACGAGCAAGCUUGUGUGCACUUCCACACCGAACACCGAUGUUAUGAGUAGGAGUGGCGAUGGUGAAGGCGCAGGUGAAGGUGCAGAGGAGGAAGAGAAGGAUGGAGUGUGGCUCGAUGAGGGGAAUCAGAUUGUGAAGGAUGGGGAGGUGAGGCCGAGGUGUGUGGAUCAGGCGAUGUGGCAGGUUGGUGGGGCGAGUGUUGCACUGAGGUUGGUGCAGCUGGCUCAGCCCUCCCAGAAAGUCUUCGGCCUCCAACUGUCACGGCGGAAGAUCGUCACUAAAGCAACAUCGACGUGA